AUGCUACUUACUCUUAUCGUCGGAUUCAUAGGAGCAGUGCUGCUGUACUUGGGCCCCAAGCUAAGAAGAUUUAGUAACAACUACCAGGCAGCCCGCGCUACUGGGUUGCCCAUGAUCCUAUGCCCUUACAAUCCAGAUAGUGGAAUAUGGGCCUUUCUCUGUGUCCCCCUCCGCCCUGUGCUUCUUCGUAUCCUCCCCACUGCUCUAUUCGCCACUGUCGAACUCAGUAUCUGGUGCUGGGAAUUUCGUGACAAGUAUGCUAUUCACGAAAGGCUUGGGCCUGCCUUUGUCUAUGUCACCAUGGGAAACAACCGUCUCAUUUGUGCCGACCCAGCAAUGGCUAGUGAUAUCUUGUCCAAUAGGAAAGACUAUAGUCACCCCGACAUUACCGUAACGUCCAUGGGUGUUCUGGGAGCCAACAUUAUGACUGCAAAAAGUGACUCGUGGUCGCGGCACCGUCGUAUUGUCGCUCCUGCUCUCAACGAACGCAUCAGCCCGCACGUAUGGACAGAGGCUGCAGAACAAGCGUCAUCCCUUGCCGACGUUUUGUUAUCAUCGAAAGCGACUACCCCUGCCCAAGAAUCCGUGAACACGCUUCACAACCUUCACAAAGUCGCUUUAAACGUCUUGGUUCGGAUUGCUUAUGGUCGCAGGCAGCCCUUUUCUGUGUCUCCACCACCAUCUAGUACUGAUUCAUCUGCGCAAACCAGAUAUGUCGACGCCAUUGUUACCGUCGUUGAACUCCUUGCUGCAGCCGCCUUUAUUCCGCGUAGCUGGCUAGCCCUACCUUUCAUGCCACAGGCACUAAAACGACUAGGUGCCGCAAUGAAUGAGAUGCCAGAUCUAGUGAAGAAUGUACUUGACCGAGAACGUCAAGAAAAUCUUCUCGCACAGUCAAAUGCCACGGAUGCGACAGAGAACCCAAAGGAUAGUUCAACUACCAUCAUGACCACACUUGUUCGCAUAUCGGAUCAGGAGAAGGAGCAAAACAAAACUUCAGCUUCUUCCAAAACUAGUACCACUUAUCUCACAGAGGAGGAGAUUGCUGGAAAUCUCUUCGUCUUCACUGCUGCUGGUUACGAAACUACUGCAAAUACAAUGAGCUACGCCGCUACUCUCCUCGCCGUGUAUCCAGAAUGGCAAACAUGGAUGCAGGCUGAGAUCGAUGCUGUUUUCGAAACAUGCAGCCCAUCACAGUCAGACUAUUCGACAGUUUAUCCCAAGCUAGUGCGAUGUCUAGCUGUCAUGUUUGAGGCAGCACGCCACUUCCCGCCUGUAAGCCUCGUGUUGCGGGACGCUGCAACGAGUCAGACCCUAAAACUCGGAGACCGCACCUUCUCACUCGCAGGCCCCUUCGGCGCAUACGUCAACACAAUGGCCCUACACACUCUACCUUCGAUAUGGGGACCAGACUCCCUGGAAUUCAAACCUAGUCGCUGGCUGGACCCCAAUGCGCCAGAGCCCGUCUUGAUUACACCACCACACGGCACAUAUAUACCUUGGUCUAUUGGUCCCCGCUCAUGCCCUGGAAUGAAGAUGUCGCAGGUGGAGUUUGUAUCUGUGAUGGCGACACUGUUUCGUAGAUGUAAUGCUCGGCCUGUACGGAAAGAGGGCGAGAGUGAAGAGCAGGCAAGACAACGGUUGAUGGAUCUGAUGCAGGACAGUCAAAACGUGUUAACGCUGAGAAUGACUAGGCAGGAUGAGGUGGGGAUUGAGUGGGUUGAGCGGAAGGCUAGUUAGCAAUGGCUGGUAGGGGUUGACGCUUCAGUCUUGUUUUGUAAAUUAGAUCGCUAUAGGAGAUGUAAUAUGGUUGAAGUUUACUCAGAC